UACCUUUACCUGGUCCAUUUAUGUUACCUAUAAUCGGUAAUGCUCAUCAAAUAAAGCUUCCGAUUCACAAACAUUUUACAAAAUUAUCUGAAAAAUAUGGUCCAAUUUAUAAACUUCAAAUGGGAAUAAAAACUUGGGUUAUUGUCAACGAUGCUAAAAUCCUAAAAGAUUUAUACGUGUCAAAAGGGGCCGUUUAUAAUUCUAGACAGAAUACGAAAAUACAAGCACAAACUUAUGUGAGAGGUGGCAAGAAUAAUAUCUUUUGUCCCUAUGGAGAAUAUUGGAGGGCACAGCGCGCACUUUCACAAGCGGGGCUACGACUUCAAGUUAUUGAUAAUCAUUACUUUCCCAUUAUGCGUAAAAUGACUGAUGAAAUGAUCAAAAAAUU